GAAAAAUCAAACAACAAAUACCAUGAGUUCGAAAUCGGAAGAGAAGCUGCCGGCGCACGUGGUGAUAUUCCCAUUUCCGGCGCAGGGGCACAUGAACAGCAUGCUCAAUCUUGCUCAUCUCUUCUGUCUAACUGACUUCCACGUCACCUUCAUCGUGUCGGAGUUCACCCACCGCCUCCUCCUCAAGAACACCUCCGUCCCCGCCACUUUCGCCGCCUAUCCCGGCUUCCAGUUCCGGAUUAUCCCCGAUGGCCUCCCUGACGAUCACCCCCGCUUCGGUGACAGAAUCCCUGAUAUCGUUCCCGCCGUUUCAAACACCAUGGUUCCACUUUUCAAGAAAAUGAUGGCCGACAAACACCUCCUCGCUUCCCCGGGCCACCGCAGGCCUGCCACUUGCUUUGUCGCCGACGGCUUUUUCAGCUUCGCCGCUGACUUUGCGGAAGAGAUCGGCCUUCCCUUGGUCUAUUUCCGGACUCCCAGCGCUGCCUACCUUUGGGCGUAUUUUCACGUCGAUGAUCUCAUUCAAGCUCAACAAAUCCCCAUUAAAGAGAAAUCGAUGGAUGAAUUGGUGAAAGGCAUACCGGGAAUGGAAGGAUUCCUCCGUGGCCGAGACCUACCUGGUUUUUUCCGCACCGAUGAUGUAAAUGACCAUCUCCUCCAGAGCUUAGCAGCGGCGACAAGACAAGUCGUACGAGCACAGGCAGUCAUAUUCAACACCUUCGAAGAUCUAGAGGGGCCGAUUUUAUCAAUCAUGCUCGAAAAAUUGCCAAGAAUCUACAAUAUUGGCCCGAUCCAUGAGCACCAGAAAUCCAGGCUCAAAGAAAAGAAAUCAGAGGCCUCGAUUGUUGCAGGCAAUUUCUGGGAGGAAGACCGGAGCUGCAUAGAUUGGCUGAAUGAUCAGCCACCGAGAUCGGUGAUCUAUGUGAGCUUUGGGAGCCUAACAGUUGUGACGAGAGAGCAGUUGAUUGAGUUCUGGCAUGGUUUGGUCAAUAGUUCUCAGAGAUUCUUGUGGGUGAUGCGUCCGGAUUCCAUCACCGGGGGUGAUCAAAUUCCACCGGAAUUGAUGGAAGGUACUAAAGAAAAGGGUUACUUGGUGAAGUGGGCGCCGCAGGAGGAGGUUCUCAACCACCCUUCGAUAGGUGCAUUUUUGACACACAGUGGAUGGAACUCAACUCUGGAGAGUGUUGUUGCUGGUGUGCCGAUGAUAUGCUGGCCUUAUUUUGGUGAUCAAACUAUUAAUAGUAGGUUUGUGAGUGAGAUAUGGAAGAUAGGUCUUGACAUUAAAGAUACUUGUGAUAGAUUGAUUGUUGAGAAGGCUAUUAGGGAGGUUAUGGAAGUGAGGAAGGAUGAGUUUCUGGAAAGGGCAAAUGGUAUGGCCAAAAUGGCUAAGAAGGCUGUUGAAAGAGGAGGUUCCUCUUAUGGCAGUUUGGAUGCUUUAAUUGAGUAUAUUAAGUCAUUGAUCAUAAGUUGA